GCCCUGGAAACCACUGAACUAUAUAUGAAUGCCGGCGCAUCCCCGGCCUCAUUCAGAACAGAGCACGCCGGCUGGGUGAUCAAGGAAACGCGGGCUUUUUCAUUUUAUUUCCCAGAUUCUGGUCUAAUGGGCAAAAAUCUUUGUAAAUGCUUUUUAAGAUCACUCGCUUGAGCAAAGCACACACUGGCCCUGGCCUUGAGGCUUAUCUGAAAGGAUUUAACUUCACUGGGGAGCCGCCUUGGGUGCGCUGAACCUCUGACAUUUAAUAAUUCCAUCUCUUUCUGUCCAAUUUCCUUUGCAUUCGGAACUUGCUUUCUGACCAUGACUUCGUUCGACAACUUUGAAUUUUCCUUCCUGGAGGAGGGGUUCUGUGCACGCGACAUCAUUGAUCAGAAGAUCAAUGAGUCCACCUAUUCAGAUGACAAGGAUGCUUUCUAUGUGGCAGACCUGGGGGAUGUCCUUAAGAAGCACCUUAGAUGGGCACGUGUCUUGCCUCGUGUCACACCUUUCUAUGCCGUGAAAUGCAAUGAUAGCAGGGCUGUUGUAGAGACUCUGGCAACACUGGGAGCAGGCUUUGACUGCGCAAGCAAGACUGAGAUCCAGCUUGUGCAGUCUCUGGGAGUGGAGCCCAGUAGGAUCAUUUAUGCCAACCCUUGUAAGCAGGUGUCACAGAUCAAGUAUGCUUCUGCACAUGGAGUGCAAAUGAUGACCUUUGAUAGUGAAGUGGAGCUAAUGAAGGUUGCUCGUAGCCAUGACAAUGCAAAAUUAGUGUUGCGUAUCGCUACAGAUGACUCUAAGGCAGUGUGCAGGCUGAGUGUGAAGUUUGGAGCCACAUUGAAAGGCAGCAGGCUGCUUUUGGAGCGGGCAAAGGAGCUAGGACUGGACAUCAUUGGAGUCAGCUUUCAUGUAGGCAGCGGCUGCACUGACCCAGAGACGUAUGCCCAGGCCAUUGCAGAUGCACGCUGUGUUUUUGACAUGGGGGCUGAACUGGGCUACAAUAUGACCCUGCUGGAUAUUGGUGGUGGCUUCCCUGGCUCUGAUGAUUCCAAGCUGAAGUUUGAGGAGAUUACUGCUGUAAUCAACCCCGCACUGGAUAAGUACUUUCCUGUAGACUCUGGUGUGAGGAUAAUUGCUGAGCCUGGCCGAUUCUAUGUGGCUUCUGCAUAUAUGCUAGCUGUCAAUAUCAUUGCUAAGAAAGUCAACAUGAAGGAGCAAUCAGGCUCUGAUGAUGAAGAUGAUGGGACCAAUGACAGAACUCUAAUGUAUUAUGUCAAUGAUGGUGUUUAUGGAUCUUUUAACUGCAUCCUUUUUGAUCACGCACAUGUGACACCCAUUGUACACAAGAAGCCCAAGCCCGAUGAGCGCAUGUACCCAUGCAGCAUCUGGGGUCCUACCUGCGAUGGCCUGGACCGCAUUGUGGAGCUGUGUACCCUGCCUGAUCGGCAGGUAGGAGACUGGCUGUUGUUUGAAAACAUGGGUGCUUACACGGUAGCUGCCUCGUCCACCUUUAACGGCUUCCAAAAGCCAGACAUCUAUUACGUCAUGUCCAGAUCCGCUUGGCAAUGCAUGCAGCAGAUCCAUGCCCAUGGGAUGCCUGCUCUGGUGGAGGAACAGAGCCCUGGGAACAUGCCAGGCCACUGCGGCCGUGAAAGCACCCUGGAGCUGCCAGCGAAGUCCUGUGCCGCCCGCGUUCUCUAAGUCAGCAUAAAUGCAGUACUGUGUGGUGCUGCAUUAAUUCGUUACAUAAAUGGACUCUAUUGAUGGUCCUCUAAUGAAGAAAGUCUUGGUGCCCAGUGUCACUAAAUAACAGUUACAUUCUACCAUAUAACUGUAACUGCUCCAUGAUGGUGCAUUUGCCCAGAAUAUUGCAGAUGCAAUUUUUUUUUUUUUAAAUUAUCAUUAUUAUUAUAUAAUUUUGCAGUUGUUUAAUUGUCAUAAAUGUUGCUUCCUUUUUACACAGAUACUUAACCAGGAAAUAGGGAAAACAUGAAUGUCUUUCCUUUUACUGUGUUUUCUGGUGGUCUGUUGCUGUUUUACAACCCACUCCCCUAAACAUGCAGUUAAAUACACCAUCAGCAAUGCAGUUUGAAUCUAUUUAACCACUACAAUGGACCACUGUAUUAAGGAGCUUGGCAUGACUUUUUUUUUUUUUUUUUUUUUUUUCCUGACCAUUCACAGAAACCCUACACAUUCCUUGUGUUUCGUUACUUUGAAGUUUUUUUUUUUGUUUGUUUUUUAGUUGCUGUCGUUUUCUUUCCUUAUUUGUUCAGUAGAAAGAUGUUAAUGAUAAUUGUUUAAAAGUAGCAUUAUUUAUGACCAUGAUGCAUUUGAAAAUGGAUAUGAAAGAGAUGGGAUUGCAUACAUACUGCUUUCCUAUGGAAACUUUUUUUUAUUUGUUUUUAUAAAUAAAACCUCAAACACCA